AUGACUCCACAAGACGAAAUUACACCACUCUCUCCUCCCCCUUCCGAAAUGUACAAGGAUUUCCAACUGGUGGAUUCCUUUCAAUUCUUCAAUUACGGAGCAGUGUACAAGUAUAGAUCCACACGAACAGGCUUACACAUUACUCUGGCCAAAAUAAGCUCACCCAUCAUGAAGGCUUACAUGACAUUACGAACCCGACCAUCGGAUCAUGAUGGUAUUCCUCAUGUAUUGGAGCAUAUGGUGUUUAUGGGCUCUCAAGACUAUCCUUUCAAAGGAUUAUUGGACAAGGUUGCUAAUCGUUGUUUUGCACAAGGAACCAAUGCUUUCACUCAAAGUACCAACACCACGUAUGAGUUGACGACAGCUGGUACAGAAGGUUUUUAUCGAUUAUUUCCCGUGUAUUUGGAUCACAUCUUGUAUCCUUCAUUGACUGAUUCUGGAUUUUUGACUGAAAUUCAUCACAUUGAUGGAAACGGUCAAGAUUCUGGAGUAGUUUACAAUGAAAUGCUAGGAAGAGAGAAUGCUCCUGAUGAAUUAAUUUACAAUGUUUUCAAUGAAAUCAUGUAUGAAGGCAGUGAAGGUUACCAAUACAAUUAUGGAGGAAAAGUUUCCAAUUUACGUGAAUUAACCGUAGAAAAAGUGAGAAAAUUCCAUCAAGAAUAUUACUCACCCAAGAAUUUUAACAUUAUUGUUGUCGGUAACACAACACCAGAAGAAUUGAUUGAUGCAGUGCAACCAAUGGAACAAAAAAUUCUUUCUCUCACUAAAAUUGAGGAUCCAAUGUCAGAAUUUAAAGUUUGGAAAACUCCUCUUCCUCCAUUGACACAAUCACAGACAAAAGAAAUUGUGUAUCCCUCUGAUGAUGAAACAGCUGGACACCAUGUAGUUCUAGGAUGGAGAGCUGCUCCUUGGAAAGAUUUGUUGACAUCCUAUGCAUUGGAUACUUUGUGGAAUUGUUUGACCGUUGGAGAUAUUGCUCCACUUCGAAAAGAAUUUGUGGAAAAUGAAGAUGGUGAUAUUUGGUGUGCUGACAUGUACUGUGGAGUGGAAAAGAGUUUUGACAAUAUUCAUCGUGCUUGGUUUUUAAAUGUAGAGGCAGAUAAGGUUAAGAUUAUUGUAGACAAAUUUUUCGAUUUCAUGAGGAAUAUCAAACUCGAUUUGGAUUAUAUUAGACUGGUUAUAAAUCGAGAUAAGCUUGAGGUUCUUCGUCAAUUUGAAACAAGCCCGCAUGACACCUUCUCACACGAUUUGAUUGAAGAUUUUUUGUAUAGUACAAGCAAUGACGAUUGUAGAAAUCUUCUUGACGCUCCAAAGCAUGCUGCCAUUCUGUUACAAAAAGACGAGCAAUAUUGGAAGGAUCUAAUUGAAACAUACAUACUCAAUCCUCCAUGCGUCACAUUGUAUGCAUCUCCAUCUUCAGAGCGAGUACGUGAGCUUUCAGAAGAAAACAUGCAACGACUCGAGCAACAAAAGAAAACAUUGGGAGAGCAGAAGCUCAAGGAACUUGAAGAAAGAUUAGCAAAAGCAGAAUUGGACAAUGCUCGAUCUCUUGACCAAAAAACUCUUGAAGAACAAUUCCCAAUUCCAUCGUUGUCAAAAAUUGAAGAAAUUCACGUUGCCACAUUCAGAAAUGACAAUAAUCCAAAAUUCAACAAGACCGAGCACGACAACAAGUUGGAACAAUUGCUUGUCAAUCACACAGUACCAUUACCAUUUUUCUUCCAAUUGUCUUCCAUACCGUCACAAUUUGUGGACAUGUUUUGCAUGAUGGAUUCUUCAAACAUUCCAUUCGAACUCAAAAUGUACAUUCCUCUCUUUUUGGCAGUGAACUUUUCAUGUGACUUGAAAUACGAUAACGAGUAUAUGAAAAAAGACCAAGUCAUCAUGUCAUUGAUGCGUGAAUCUGUGUCGUACAGUUAUGGAUGUGGUUAUCAAGACCAACAAGAUACAAGUCGUAACUUCCAUGCAUCCUUAUUUGCAGAAUUAUUACAAUUUAGACUCACCUUUGAGAUUGACAAGUAUCAUCGAUUAGCUGAAUGGACAAAACAUUUCCUCUAUCACACUGUUUACACUCCAGAAAUUAUUGAAACCAAGAUUCAAGUAUUGCUCAGUGAAAUACCAUUAUCCAAAGUUUCACCUGAGGCUGUCAUGAGCCAAGGACUGAAGCAGAUGGUGACACAACCUCAAUCGAACCAUAAUGUCACGAGCUUCUUACUCCAGGAAAAGUUUUUGAAUGAAACUUUGACCAAAUUGAAAUCUGAUCCAGAAAGUGUCAUUGCUGAUUUGACUCGUCUCAGAAAUAUGUUGAAUCAGCCCGAGAAUAUUCGAAUUCAUGUCGUGUUAGACGUGAAUCAUUUUGGACCCAAUAACUAUGAGGAUAUUAUGUCCACAUGGGCUUCCUUAAUGGAUCAUCAAAUCAAUAAGACAGUAUCCACACCUCAGAUGAAACCACUUCACAAGUUAUGUAAAUGGACGAAUGAAUUGACAGACCUGUCGAAAGGGAGAGGAAUUUUACUUGGAAUGGGAAGUGCUGACUCUGGCAAUCUCAUCAAGACCCACAAGGGAAUUACAAACUAUGAGUUGUAUCAUGAUAGACACUCGCUGAGUGUUGCCAUUAAUUUCCUCACCAUGGAAGAAGGCCCAUUUUGGGUGAAACUAAGAGGCAAAGGAUUGUGCUAUGGUUCAUCCAUUUCAUCCAAUGUGGAAAAGGGAACAGUCUCUGUGUAUCUUUCGAGAGUGAGUAACAUUUCCAAGACAUAUGCUGAAUGCAAGGCAAUUCUUGAAGCAGUUUGCUCGAAUGAUGAUGAAUCGAAAGAGAGUCUAUUUGUGUUGAGCGAAAAUGCAUUAAAUUCUGCAAGAGCAACAGUGGUUGUGGACAAGCUGCACGGCGCAGAGACUAUUAUUUCGGCAUGUCAAGUUCGAUUCUUAUCGAACACAUUAUUUGCUGGCUCAAAGAAUUUUUAUGAUAGCUUGCAAGAUAUUGGAAAGGUAACUGUGGACGACGUGAAAAUGGCAAUUGUGAAAUACAUUCUGCCAUUGUUCAAGGACAAUGAAGGAUCAUUAUUUAUUUGUGACAAUAUUGCUCAAGUGAAGCAAGCGGAUUAUCCUUUGAGGGAUACAUUGGAAAAACAGGGCUAUCUUACGACCUAUCACUCACUGAAGGAAUAUUUGGCAGCCGAGUUGGGAAUUACAACAUCGUAUUCGAAUGAAAUGUCAACGGGAGACGAUGAAGAGGUAAGCGAAGAAGACGAAGAAAUGGAAGAUGAGGAAUAA